CCGUCGGCAGCUGCAAAGCCACCGGCGCCGCGAGAACAGACCAUGCUCCGCAGCGUGAGCGUCGCCGGGCGGCGCGCGCGCGGCCUGGCGCGCGCGACGCGCAUCUUUAGCGCCGUGCCGAAGGAGGAGGGCUUCCUGAGCGGGACGUCGUCGACGUACGUGGACUCGCAGUACUACGCCUGGUCCGCGGACCCGUCGAGCGUCCACUCGUCCUGGGCGUCCUACUUCGAGUCCGGCGCGUUCGACAUGCCCCCCGCCCUCGGCGGCGAGCGCUACGCCGCGGGCGGCGGCGGCGCCGCGGUGCCCGCGGGGUCGAAGGAGAGCUCGCUCCAGGGCGCGCGGGGCGCGGACACGGCGCGGGCCAUGCACCUCAUCGCCGCCUACCAGCGCCGGGGCCACGAGCGCGCGGACCUCGACCCGCUACGGCUCAAGGGCGAUUUGGCGCCGCUCGCGGACCUGGACCCGGCGACCUACGGCUUCGAGCCGGGCGACUACGACCGCGAGCUGCGCCUGACGACGGCGACGGGGUCCGCCGUCGCGGGCCUGCUGGGCAACGCGGACGUCAACGACGACGGCAUGACGACGUUGCGGGAGCUCGCGGACUUCCUCCAGGAGACGUACUGCGGCACUUUGGGCAUCGAGGCGGAGCACAUCACGGACCUGAACAAGCAGAACUGGCUCCGGAGCCGCCUCGAGACGCCCAAGGCGCCCCUGAGCCUCGAGGACCGGAAGCACGUGCUCGAGCGUUUGGCGUACGCCGAAAAGUUCGAGACGAUCCUCGCGACCAAGUUCAACACGGCGAAGCGCUUCGGGUUGGAAGGGUGCGAGUCCAUGAUCCCCGGCAUGAAGAUCAUGGUCGACGCCGCGACGCUCUGCGGCGUGUCCGACGUCAUCAUCGGCAUGCCGCACCGCGGCCGGCUCAACGUGCUCUGCAACGUCGUCCGCAAGCCCAUCGAGGUCAUCUUCCGCGAGUUCAUGGGCACGGCCCAGAGCGACGACGACGCCGGCGCCGGCGACUGGUCGUCCUCCGGCGACGUCAAGUACCACCUCGGGACGUCGUACGACCGCGCGUACCCCGACGGCCGCCGCGUCCAGGUCGAGCUCCUGCCGAACCCGUCGCACCUCGAGGCCGUGAACCCGUUGGUCAUCGGCAAGGCGCGGGCGCGCAUGGACAUGAAGGGCGACCCCAACGGCGACACGGUGCUGCCCGUGAUCAUCCACGGCGACGCGGCGUUCGCGGGGCAGGGCGUCGUCUACGAGACCAUGCAGAUGGUGAACCUCGAGGCCUACAAGACGGGCGGCACGAUCCACGUCAUCUGCAACAACCAGGUCGGCUUCACGUGCCUGCCGGAGCAGGGCCGGUCGACGAUGUACAGCUCGGACCUCGGCAAGGCCUUCGGCUGCCCGAUCUUCCACGUCAACGCGGACGACCCGGAGGCCGUGUGCCGGGUCUUCGAGACGGCCGUCGCCUGGCGCCACGAGUUCAAGACCGACGUCAUCAUCGACUUGAUCGGCUACCGCAAGUUCGGCCACAACGAGAUCGACGAGCCGACGUUCACGCAGCCGACCAUGUACCAGGUCGUCAAGAAGCACCCGUCCGUGCUCACGAAGUACGUCGCCGACGUCCAGGUCACGGAGCCCAAGCUGAGCCCGGAGGACGUCGGCGCGAUCGUCGGCUCCGUGGAGCAAGUGUACGCGGAGGCGUUCGACAACAAGGACGCGUUCAAGUGGGACCGCGACGUCUGGGGCCAGAACUGGCAGGAGAUGGUGUCGCCGCUGAGCGUGGGCCACGGCGCCUUCGGCAAGACGGGCGUCGCGCUCGAGGACCUGCAGAAGGUCAACGCGGCGCUGUCGACGACGCCCGAGGGCUUCAGCCUGCACCGGCGGCUCAAGGGCAUCCUCGCGAAGAAGGCCGAGGCCGUCGCCAGCGGCGAGGGCGUCGACUGGGCCCAGGGCGAGGCGCUGGCCUUCGGGACGCUCCUCGACGAGGGCACGCCCGUCCGCUUCACGGGGCAGGACGUCGAGCGCGGCACGUUCACGCACCGCCACGCGGUCGUCCACGACCAGAAGGACGGCGCGACGCACACGUUCCUCAACGCCAUCGCGCCGGACCAGGCCGCGAAGCUCGACAUCCACAACUCCUUCCUCUCGGAGUACGGCGUGCUCGGCUUCGAGUUGGGCUACUCGUUCGAGACGCCGGACGUGCUCUGCGUCUGGGAGGCCCAGUUCGGCGACUUCGUCAACGGCGCCCAGAUCAUCAUCGACCAGUUCCUCAGCUCGGGCGAGGCCAAGUGGAUGCGCCAGAGUGGCCUCGUGCUCCUGCUGCCCCACGGCUACCAGGGCCAGGGCCCGGAGCACUCGUCGUGCCGCGUCGAACGCUUCCUCCAGAACUCCGACGAGGACCCGGACGUCAUCCCGCCGGACCUGCACACCAUGGAGGGCCAGGUGCGCCAGGUUCAGCUCAACAACUGGCAGAUCAUCAACCCGACGACGCCCGCGAACUACUUCCACGCGCUCCGGCGCCAGCAGCACCGCGACUUCCGCAAGCCGCUCAUCGUCGCCUCGACGAAGGCGCUCCUGCGCCACAAAUUGGCCGUGUCCAACGUCGACGAGUUCCUCACGGGGUCGCGCUUCCGCCGCACGUACGGCGAGAUGCACGACGACGAGGUCGUCGCCGACGCCGACGUGCGCCGCGUCGUGCUCUGCAGCGGCAAGAUCUACUACGAGCUGCUCGAGGCGCGGCGGAAGGCCGAGGGGCCCUCCGACGUCGCCCUCGUGCGCGUCGAGCAGAUCUCGCCCUUCCCCUUCGACCAGGUCGCCAACUACGCGACCAAGUACGCGAACGCGGAGCUCGUCUGGACCCAGGAGGAGCCCAAGAACCAGGGCGCCUGGUACUACGUCCGCGACCGCAUCAUGACGGCGACGCGCGUCCUCAACGGCGUCGAGCAGCGGCCGGGCUACUGCGGCCGCGCGACGAUGGCGUCCACGGCCGAGGGCUACGGCGCCGUCCACGACGCGCAGCAGAAGGCCAUCAUCGACACGGCCCUCUCCGAGGACCUCUCCGCCUUCCCCUUCGGCCUCCUCUCCGAGAAGGAGAUCGAGCGCGCCGCCUGAGCGCCGCGCGCCGCGCGCGGGCCGCGCGCGCGCUCCGCCGAACCCCCCGCCCUGUAAUCAGAACUCUAUGCUCUC